AUGAUAAAUAUAGCAGGAGUGAUAUCUAUCGUACUGUUCUACGUGUUGAUCCUGGCAGUGGGAAUAUGGGCUGGACGCAAGAAGCCACCGGGGGACCAGUCCGAGGAGGAGGUGAUGCUCGCGGGGCGCUCUAUCGGCCUCUUCGUCGGAAUCUUUACGAUGACGGCGACGUGGGUGGGCGGAGGUUACAUCAAUGGAACCGCGGAGGCCAUAUAUACAUCAGGCCUGGUAUGGUGUCAGGCGCCGUUCGGCUAUGCGCUGUCACUCGUUUUUGGUGGCAUCUUCUUCGCGAAUCCGAUGCGCAAGCAAGGUUACGUGACGAUGCUGGAUCCGCUGCAAGACUCGUUCGGCGGGCGUAUGGGCGGAUUGCUCUUUCUGCCGGCACUCUGCGGAGAGGUGUUCUGGGCCGCUGGGAUUCUAGCAGCUCUCGGUGCGACGUUGGUGGUGAUAAUCGACAUGGACCACCGCACGUCGGUGAUCUUCAGCGCCUGUGUGGCCGUCUUCUACACGCUGUUCGGCGGCCUCUACUCCGUCGCCUACACCGACGUCAUCCAGCUGUUCUGCAUCUUCAUCGGGCUGUGGAUGUGCAUACCCUUCGCGUGGGCCAACCCGCACGUGAAGCCGCUCAGUUCCAUGGAAGUCGACUGGAUCGGCAGCGUGGAUCCGCAAUAUUACUGGUUCUAUGUUGACUACGGCCUACUCUUGAUUUUUGGAGGAAUUCCUUGGCAGGUCUACUUCCAACGCGUACUGAGCAGCAAGACGGCAGGACGCGCGCAGAUCUUGUCGUACGUCGCGGCCUUCGGCUGCAUCAUCAUGGCUAUACCGCCCGUCCUCAUCGGAGCUAUCGCCAAGGGGACGUCCUGGAACGAAACCGACUUCCACGGCGAGCUGACUCCGGAAGGUGAUCUGACUUCCGAGCAGACCUCGAUGAUCCUGCCACUAGUGUUGCAGCAUCUAACACCGAGCGUAGUAUCCUUCUUUGGCCUCGGGGCCAUAUCGGCAGCGGUCAUGUCGUCCGCAGACUCCAGUGUACUCAGCGCGUCAUCUAUGUUCGCUAGAAACGUGUACAAGCUGAUCUUCAGACAAAACGCAUCAGAGAUGGAAAUCAUUUGGGUCAUGCGCGUGUCCAUAAUCGUCGUGGGUGUGCUCUCCACCAUUAUGGCGCUCACUAUACCCUCAAUCUAUGGACUCUGGUCGAUGUGCUCAGAUCUAGUGUACGUGAUCCUGUUUCCGCAACUCUUGAUGGUGGUGCACUUCAAGCGGCACUGCAACACUUACGGGUCUCUCGCCGCUUACAUAGUGGCCUUGUUCGUGCGCUUGUCCGGCGGCGAGAAGCUGCUGGGCCUUCCGCCGCUCAUCCACUUUCCGGGGUGGGACGCCGAGAACGAGGUGCAGCUGUUCCCCUUCAGGACCUUGGCUAUGGUGCUCUCGCUCUUUACGCUCGCUUUCGUAUCCUGGCUGUCCGUGUUUCUAUUCAACUCGGGCUACCUGAGCCCCGAGUCGGACUACUUCAACUGCGUGGUGAACAUCCCGGAGGACAUUCGGCGCGUGGACGAGCCCUCCGAGGCGUGCGAACAGAUGUCGGUGCUCGGGGGGGUUCCCGGCCGCCUCUACGGCGCCGCCUCGACGCUGGUGGGCCCCGACGAGACGUCGGGCAGGAUCAACCCGGCCCUAGAGGCCGACGACGACCUCGACGACCCCAACGACGGGCCGACCCCUCUUUUUGGAAACGCACCCCCCCCUCCGGCCCGUUCGCUCGGAAAACAGACCGCCUUCUGA